CUCUUUCCAAUCGUGCUCUGCGCGGCGAAGGCAGCGGCGCCAUGUUCCUGCAGUGCUACACCGAUGAGCGUGGGGAGCGCGUUUACACACUGAAGAAAGUGUCCCCGGGGGGGCACCCCACCCGCUCGGCCCACCCGGCCCGGUUCUCCCCCGACGACAAGUUCUCCCGGCACCGCCUGGUGUUGAAGCGGCGGUUCGGAGUCCUGCCCACACAGCAGGCACGGCCUCUCCUUUAACGGAGGGGCCGGCCCCGGCGAUAGCGGAAUAAACCCCAUGGGACACA